CUGUGUUUGGUAAACUGACGGAAUUUACAGGCGAACGCUCUCUUGACAAAACUCUUUGAAAUAGCAGCCAUUUUCCAGCUUAGAGUUUGUUUGUUUCAACUUUACGGAUCCGAAUCGGCGUUUCAUCUCAGAGAUCGUCGGAUCGUGAGAAUCCGUCUGAAAAAAUAAAAUUUCCUCCGAUCUAUUUAAGGAAUCCUUUUAGGUUCAAAAUAAAUGGUUUUCAGAUCUACAUUACCGAUAAAAGAAAUGAAUAAAACGGCAACCGAGGAAAAAGAGGACAUUGUAAAAGAAUCUUUAUUCAGAUUUCUAAUGGAGCAUAUACCAAGUGCACAGAUCAGCACAAUCGAUGAAAUAGUGCUAAGCUACGUUGUAAGCAUUUUGGAAGACCUGGGAGAAGAAACGACCGGAGACAUCGAAGAGGCUUUCGAUGCCGAAGGAUUCUGCGAAAUGAUGGCAGCUUAUUUUCCUGAAUUUUCCAAAAUCAGCCUUCCUAUAGUGUGUGAGUGGAUGUUCGAACUUGAAGCAACCCUUCGCAGGACGAGACAUAACGGCGAUUCGUACAUUGAACGGGACCUUUCAGAAUUAUUGAUUCCCAUCUCUUUAAGCAGAAAUCGAAACUCAUCUUCGGAAUGCUCAAGUGGAGGCAAAGGAAAGUCUCAUAGGAAACACCAGAUUUCAGAAGCCAGCGAUGGCAGUUGUAGUUCCGACAGUAGUGGUGAAUAUUAUGCUCAUGAGGAUAUAGCGGAUUAUGAAAAGAUCCAGAUUUUACAAGAAAUGUUUCCGGGCUUAUCUGAAAUAGAAGCAAGGCACUGCUUAACUGUCGCAGGCAGUGAUGUCGCAACUGCGGCCCAGCUUGUGUUGCACAGACAAGAAGCUGGGCAAACGCUUAAUCACAAUUCUAUUAUUCAGCAUGGAGGACAACACAAAUCGUUGGUUGAUGAUCAAGAGUUGAAAUCUAGGAUCAUAGCUAGGUACAGUUUUGUCGAUAAGGAUGAUGAUACAAGGGAACAUCGCCCUGUUGCUCCAAAAUCGGAACCAAAGAAAAUGGUUAGGUAUAGAGAUAACAAGAUAGUCAGCUUGAAAGGUGAAAGAUUCACAGAGAUUAAGAGGGAAGAUGAGGAGGAUUCUAAGAAGUGUACUCCAGGUAUAAAACCUCCUCGACAAAAUAAGUAUCAUUGAUUGGGAUUUGUUGAGUAUGUCUCUGUUUUAAAAUUCUCCUGACAAUGGUUUUCUGUAGCGUUAUCUGCUACUAGGCAUAUAUUAUUCAUUCUCAUUGGGAGAUUCUCUAAGUUCAAACCCAGUCCCACUACUUUAGGUACACUGUUGGAAGUUUUUAAUAUUUGUGGACAAUUUUCAGUUAAAUAUUUUCUAAUUAUUUUUUACAUUAGUUAAUAAGACUGCAUAGUUUUUCGUAAUUUAUUUUAUUUUUAGAAUUAAUUUUAAACUGUAUUUAAAAUACUUAAAAACAAUGUAAUUUUAUUAAUUUAAAAAAUAAAAUUUUAAAAAGUUAGUCCAAAUAGUAUGUCAUCUCAGGCCCUAUUUAUGUAAUUUUUAAAUUGUAAAAACACUGUAUUUAUUUAAAAGGAAGAUAGAAGUAAUUUGCUGAAAUUUGAUAUUGGUUUACACAAUAUUGAGCUUAAAAUAUUGCUCAAUGUUGCAGAUUAACAUUAUUAAAUUAGUAAAGAAUAAAACAACUACAGAUUAAUGAAAGCAUUGUUAAGUACUUACUUUGUUUUUAGUAUUUAUAAAUGAAAAUAAAUAAAAUAUUGUAUCUGGUGUUACCAAAUUGAUUGUUGGUAUUUAUAAUUAUAUGCCAUACACAAUUGUGAUGUUACUCCCGAUAUCAGGGAUAGUUAAAUUGAUAUUUUACUAAUAAAAAGGGCAGAUUGAUGUAUGAAUAAUUUUUUUACACAGGAAUUUAUUAUGUGCAGCUAGAAUUUUUGUUACUGGACAAAUCUUGUUUUAUUUAAUUUUUCAUUUGUCUAAAAAAAAAAGUUAUUUAGUACAAGAAGAAUAUCGAGUGUUUUUUAUUCGUGUUAUUCGAUUUUCACUUAUUUUCCAAGAGAGAAGAUUUGGUAUGAUUUUACACCAAUUUUCCAUUUAACCCUGUUGUGUAGAUUUCUUCUUUGACUUUUCUGUCCUUCAUUGCUCUCAUUAUUUAUUAAGGGUACCGUGACAGCAGAUACAGUUAGGGUGCCCAAUCGUGUGUGUAUGUGGUGCUGUGUUAGAUACCUGACAUUUCUUAAAAAGUUUUAAUCGAGUGAGUGUUCUCUGGUCUGACCCUUUGUCUCGUUCGAUAGGUAGUCAGACAUAAGGUAGCAGCUAUUAAACAAGUCAUUAUCAUAAAUCAUAACAUGUUUUCUAGUUAGAUUUAAUAUUAAUUUGUCUUGCCCUUAUAGUUCAUACUAUUAGUUAACAAUUUUCAGUGGUAUUUUUAAAAGGGUGAUU